GAAAGAGAGAAAGAGAAAGCAAAAGGUCAUGGAGAAUGUGACUCUCGCUGUGUAUGUGAUGAAUUGGUAACAAAGAAACCUCAAACAAACACCACCAACAACAAGCAUCAUAUCUCAUCAUCAAAGAAAUAAACCAACCACAACUCCUCCAGAUCUUCUACUUCUUCAUCUUCGAAGAUCAUAUCGUAUCAUAUAGUUAAUGCUACUGAGUUUUGUUUGAGCUAAGCGAAAUAGAUUCUGAUGAGUUCGAUGGCGUCGACGUCGGAGGGGGCAUUGUCGUUCUCGGUGGCGGAGGUGGUGGAGGACGUGCUCCAACAGCACGGGAGUCGCGUCAGAGGUCUUGAUCUCGAGUCUAGAAAAGCUGAGGAAGCCGCGUCGAGGAGGAGCGAAGCGGCGGGGUGGCUGAGGAAGAUGGUGGGAGUAGUGGGGGCGAAGGAUUUACCGGAAGAGCCUUCGGAGGAGGAGUUCAGGCUGGGAUUGAGAAGUGGGAUCAUUCUCUGCAAUGUGCUCAACAAGGUUCACUCUGGAGCUGUGCCCAAGGUGGUGGAAAGUCCAUGUGAUUCUGCUCUGGUUCCUGAUGGGGCCGCAUUGUCCGCAUUUCAGUACUUUGAGAAUGUGAGGAAUUUCCUGGUGGCUGUGCAGGAAAUGGGAAUUCCUACUUUUGAGGCGUCUGAUCUGGAACAAGGAGGGAAAUCUGGAAGGGUUGUAAAUUGUGUUCUGGCGCUCAAGUCCUACAGUGAAUGGAAACAGACCGGGGGAAAUGGGGUAUGGAAAUUUGGUGGAAAUGUGAAGCCAACUGUGACAGCGAAAUCUUUCGUGAGGAAAAAUUUGGAGCCCUUCACGAAUUCCUUGGCAAGGAGCUCCUCAACGAGUGAAAAAUCUUUGAAUGUGCUGUCCUCCGACAUUGAGUUUAAUAAAAUGCCUACUAAUGGUUCCUUGAGUAUGCUUGUUCGUGCGGUUCUAUUAGAUAAGAAGCCUGAAGAAGUUCCGAUGUUGGUUGAAUCUGUGCUAAGUAAGGUUGUGGAGGAGUUUGAGCAUCGCAUUUCAAGCCAAUUUGAGCAGAUGAAAACAACUCCAAAAGAUAUGGCUGUUUCUCAUGGCAACAAAUCGCUGUUGAAAUUUACUUCUGUUGAUAAAAAGACUGAAGCCAAAAAUGAGAAAGUGAUAAAGAAAGAGGAAUUUGUCCCAAAAACCUACAUUUCUGACGAGAAAUCAAAAAGUCAACUCCUGAAACAGAAAAUGGCCUUCGAUCAACAACAAGGAGAUAUUCAAGAACUAAAGCAUACUCUUCACGCUACAAAAGCCGGUAUGCAGUUUAUGCAAAUGAAGUUUCACGAGGAGUUCCACAAUCUGGGUAUGCACAUUCAUGGCAUAGCUCAUGCUGCUUCUGGGUAUCAUAGAGUUCUUGAGGAAAAUCGCAAGCUAUACAAUCAAGUGCAAGAUCUCAAGGGAAGCAUUAGGGUUUACUGUCGAGUGAGACCUUUCUUGUCUGGGCAAUCAAAUCAUUUCAGCACCGUGGAUUAUAUAGAAGAUGGAAGUAUCACUAUCAGUACUCCAUCGAAGCAUGGAAAAGGCCAGAGGCCUUUUAGCUUCAACAAGGUCUUUGGGCCAUCUGCAUCUCAAGCGGAGGUCUUCUCUGAUAUGCAGCCUUUGAUUCGGUCUGUUCUUGAUGGUUUCAAUGUUUGCAUAUUUGCAUAUGGUCAAACGGGAUCUGGAAAAACAUAUACCAUGUCUGGGCCCAGAGAGCUUACAGAGAAAAGCCAAGGAGUAAAUUAUCGGGCUUUGGGCGAUUUGUUUCAUAUAGCAAAUCAAAGAAAGGACACUUUCUGCUAUGAUGUUUCUGUUCAGAUGAUUGAGAUCUAUAAUGAGCAAGUUAGGGACCUCCUUAUCACUGAUGGAACUAACAAAAGAUUAGAAAUUCGUAAUAGUUCUCAUAGUGGACUUAGUGUACCAGAUGCAAACCUUGUACCAGUGUCAUCAACGUCUGAUGUUAUUGAUCUGAUGAACCUUGGACAAAGGAAUCGUGCAGUAGGUGCAACAGCCCUAAAUGACCGUAGUAGCCGCUCUCAUAGUUGUUUGACUGUUCAUAUCCAAGGAAGAGACUUGACUUCUGGAACUAUUCUUCGUGGCUGUAUGCAUCUGGUUGAUCUGGCAGGAAGUGAGAGGGUAAACAAAUCUGAGGUGACAGGAGAUAGACUGAAAGAAGCACAGCAUAUUAACAAAUCUCUGUCAGCUUUGGGUGAUGUGAUAGCUUCCCUUGCCCAAAAGAAUCCGCAUGUUCCAUAUAGAAAUAGCAAACUCACACAACUGCUCCAAGAUUCACUUGGAGGGCAGGCCAAAACGCUGAUGUUUGUUCAUAUCAGCCCUGAGCCUGAUGCUGUUGGAGAAACAAUCAGUACACUUAAAUUUGCAGAGAGAGUUGCCACCGUUGAACUUGGAGCUGCCAGAGUAAACAAAGAUAGCACAGAUGUCAAGGAGCUCAAAGAACAGAUUGCCAGUCUUAAAGUUGCAUUGGCAAGGAAAGAGGGGGAACCGGAGAGCACACCAAAUUCUAUAUCUGGAAGCUCUGGAAAAUACAGGACGAAAGCUAGUGAGAUAUCACCUUUUCAAUCUAAAAAGCCGGAUUCGGGUUUUUUGGGAGAUCACAAUAGCUGCCGGCAACCAAUGGGUGAUGUAGGCAAUAUAGAGCUCCAUAGCAAUUCUGCCCUGAGGCGAAAGACGCAAAGUUUUGAUCUUGACGAGCUAUUAGCAAAUUCACCUCCCUGGCCUCCGGUGAAGAGUCAUGGCCAGAAUUACGGGGAGGAUGAGAGAGAAAUGGGCUCCGGCGAGUGGGUUGAUAAGGUCAUGGUAAACAAGCAUGAUGUAAGCAGAGUUGAGAACCCUUUAGGAAGUUGGACAGCGGAUAAUGGGGACUUGGCUGAUGUAUUUUACCAGAAAUAUCUCCCAGACUCCUCUAAAAUUUACCAAGAUCAAUCCUAUAAUAUGUUUAUGGGAAGCAACCAGUUUAACAUUGCUAGUACUGAUGAAACGGAUGAUCUUGAUGCUGCCACCAGCGAUUCUUCGGAGCCAGAUUUGCUUUGGCAAUUCAAUCAUACAAAACUAACUGGCAUGGCCAAUGGACUAGGGGCAAAAACCAGGAAAACCAAUCCAAAGUCAGCAAAGAGCCCAGAACUAAGCAAGAAUGCCAAUGCUUCUCUAGGCCCUUCACCUUCAAGGAAACUACCAAAUGGUCUGCAGCGGAAUGGGAGGCAGCCGGCUCCAACGGAUAUGAAACGCAAGGCUGUGAAUAGAAAAUAGAAAUGUACUUAGACACGUUAAAUGGGUGAUUUUUACGAUUUUUUUUUUUUUUUUUCCUUUUCUUUGAAUUCGUUGGAGAGGGAGAGAAGCUUUACUAUAUUCUUCAUUUUCAAUUUUUUGUUGUAAUCUUAUAUAUAGUUGAAUGCAGCAAUAAUUCCAGUUGCUUGUAAA